AUGCUUGGAUACACUCGAACAACCGGACCUCAGAUCUGGCCAUCCGUCGAUUUCAUCAACGUGAUGAGCUACGACCUAAUGAACCGCCGAGACACAGUAACCAAACACCACAGCUCCGCCAUCGAUGCCGAAAACAGCAUAAAAGACUACCUCGCCAUGGGCGCACCCCCCUCCAAGCUCAACCUCGGCUUCGCAUACUACGCCAAAUACUUCACCACGCAAGGCGACUGCAGUGGCAGCCCCCUCAACUGCCCCAUCGUCCUUGCGGAAGAUGCCCAAGGCAAAGACACGCUCACCUCUGGCGCCUGGACCUUUGAGAGAUCUCGCAUGCGCCUCGUUGAUGCCUCCUCUCUGACCGUAUCGCAAGACGGCACCUGCGGUCCAGAAAAGGGAACCAAGUGUGAGACAGGCUGUUGUUCUCAACACGGCCACUGCGGUACUUCGCCUGAACACUGCAACGGCGCCUGCCAACACGCAUUUGGAUCUGGAUGUACGGACGCCGAUGUAGCAGCUUCAUGGCAGCUCGCAGCCAAAGACGGUAUUACUGACGAAGUAGCCGGCGGACAAUACUACUUCGAUGCCACAAACCGCCUUUUCUGGACAUGGGAUACGCCCGAACUCAUCACAAGGAAAUUCGACAACAUCGUCCGCAAGUACAAGCUCGGUGGCGUCAUGGCGUGGAGUCUAGGUGAAGACAGCGCGGACUGGAGUCAUAUUCGACAGAUGGCGAGGGAGGUUGCCAAAGAUGGACUCGGUUUGACGACUACCAGCGACUCCAACAUGCCAGUCGAUGGCUCCAUGUACGACGAGAUCACUCAUUAUUGCUGUCAAAACAUUUCCCAUCCAGCGAAUACCGUGACCUACCCACCAGCAUUCAUAGUUCCAACCUCUUGGCAUACUAUUAAGGUAGAUUGCGGGGAUGGAAAAGGGUUGGUUCACUGUCCAUGUAACACCCCCGACUGUUACUGGGGGCCACUUCAUCCGGACCACUACGAUGGCAAUGACUCAAUUCAGCCCAUGUUGAACGACGACGACCUUGUUGAGAUGCAAGACACCUCAGACGCCCUCCAAGCGAUGCCAACGGAGCCCAGCCCAACCGCACUCAAGACCCCGUCGCCAGGUUACCGUGUCUUUUUGGAAUGCAUGGGUGAUGAUGGUUGGCUGAUAAGCUGUCCGGACUGGGUCACCUCGAAGGUUCUUCAUGGAACCGCAACUGAGCCCACACCCGCCGCACUCGAGACCCCGUCGCCGACUGACGGUAUCUUUAUAGAAUGCCUGGGUGAGCAUGGUGGCCUAACUCGCUGUCCACAAUACUACACAGACGCCGUCCUAUCCAAACAUUCCGAACUCCACAUACCUGCACUCCAGACUCCGUGGCCAACACCCUUGCCGACUAACGGUACUUUUAUCGAAUGCAUGGGCGAGAACGGUGGCUUGACUUCGUGUGGGGUAUCGGCCACGCAAGACUUUCUAUCGAAUCUGAGAGACUACAACGCACUGCAUACUCCCACGCCGACUCCCUCGCCAACUGACGGUGUUUCUAUCAAAUGCGUGGAUGAUUAUGGUGGCAUGAUGCGGUGUCCACAAUCGUUCACGGACAACUUCCUAUACAGACAUUCUUCACUCGAAGCAGCCGGACUCGAGACUCCGUGGCCAAUGCAUCAAAACCCUACUGCUGUUAUGACCGCGGCCGCUAUCGAGACUGGAUUCACUACGCAUAUCGGUAUACCCCAGGCGCAGGAGAGUGGGCUUCCUGGUGGAUCCUACGGUAUGCGUAGGCGUGAGAGGGCACAGAAAGCGUGA